AUGAUUAAUCAAAAAAGAACUCAUGAGAUGAGCAGUAGGGAUAGUUUGCUUCCAGAGCCAAUACAUCGGUGGAACCACUUUUAUUCUAUUUUAUCUAUUGUCAGUUUUCCAAAGAAGAAUCUCUUGGUUGCAGGGACGCAAGAUUCGAAGAUAUUAGUAUUUGAUUUAACAACUUAUAAUUUAAUGACUACUAAGAGCCUAGGUAUAUACAACAAUCUAAAUGAAACUAACACUAGAUCCAGUGUACUGUGCAUGACGAAGGCAAGAGAUGAAAACUAUCUAUUCACCGCAGGAUCAGAUUCUUUAGUACGCAUUUGGUCCAUUGGCGAAGCUAAAGAUGACCAAUCUCCAACUAUCAAUGAAGAGGCUACAGUAUAUUCAGUUUCGGAUAUUGGUGAUGUAUUUUCAAUUAGAUACUUUGAUGAUCUGGAUACCGUACUCAUUGGUUGUCAAAAUGCAAGUUUGUUAUACUUAGAUGAUUUAUUAGUACGGAUAAAGGAUUCUUCAAGUAUGGCUGCAAAAAACUUUGAAAGAUUACCACAUAGAAGGUUCGAUAAAUUUUUUGAUUCAGUUGGUCCAACUGGUAAAUCAUUCGUGAGUCCAGGUCAUCCAUCAAUAACACACGAUCAGCACACCUUUGAUAGAACGGUGUCCCCUAUAGAUUCCACUGGCUGCAUUCUUGAGAUACCUUCUUCUCAUAUUAUAAGCUACGCCCACAAUGGUUUUAUAUAUUCAAUUGAAGAACUAGAUCUUCCACAUAUGGCAAAUAAAGUACAUGGUGAAUAUACUUACACAGCACACAUGGUUACAGGCGGUGGUGAUUGUUUGAGUAAAGUGUGGUCGAUGUCAAAAACAGCCAACGGUGUAAUUGUAACAUUAACUUCUGAAACUAUGGAUAAUGAAGAAAGUGUAAUUUCACAGGCGUUUGAAUAUCCAUUUUUAUAUUGUGGAUUAUCUGACGGUCUCAUCAAAAUAUGGGACAUAAGUACAAAACAGUUGGUGUCAACACUCAAAGCAGAAGGUGACACAGAUAUCAUAUCAAUAGCUGUUUAUAAUGAUCAUAUAUAUGCUUUUAAUGAAUCUGGUAUAUCACAUUUUCAUGAAAAUAAGAGGCAAACUUGGUCAUCUAAUCAAGGUAAAGUUUUAUGUUCAGAAAUAUUUCAGAGAGUAAACUUUCCCCCUAAUAAUUUUGUAAGCUUACUUACCGGUGGAAAUGAUGGUUCCUUAGUUUUAUCCAACCUCUGCAAUGACAUAGAUAAUAAAUCUAAAUUAGUUAAACAAAUCAACAUUGGCCAAGGCAGAGCUAGAAAAGACUCCUUUGCAUUUUACAAACCUGCUGUCUUAUCCAAUGAAUUAAUGUUAGAUACACUGAGAGAGUUGAUCUCAUUUAAUACCGUUUCAGAAAAUGCAGAUACAUCACAACAAUUAUCUUCGAGGCGUUGUGCUACAUUUAUUAAACAAUUAUUAGCCGAUUUUGGAGCAAUUAACUCACAACUUUUACCAAUCAAAAAUGGUUCUAAUCCUGUAGUUUUUGCUGAAUUUGAAGGUAAUGCUCCGAGGAAAGAUAGAAAAAAAAUACUAUGGUAUGGACAUUAUGAUGUAGUUCCUGCAGGUGAUACAUCUCUGUGGAAUACUGAUCCCUUUGUAUUAACGUGUGAAAAUGGAUAUAUGAAAGGCCGUGGUGUUACUGAUAACAAAGGACCACUAAUAGCAGCUAUUUACAGUACUGCUUCUUUAUUUCAGGAACAAAAAUUACAAAAUGAUGUUGUAUUUUUGAUUGAAGGUAAUGAAGAAAUUGGCUCUCCAGGAUUAAAAGAUGCUUGUAUUGAACAUUUGAAAUUAAUUGGGCCAAAAAUUGAUUGGAUCUUUUUAAGUAACUCGAGUUGGGUGGACGAAACUCAUCCAUGUCUGAAUUAUGGUUUAAGGGGUGUUAUAAAUGCUGAAAUAACUCUUUGGCACGAUGGUCCUAAUAAACACUCAGGUGUUGAUGGUGGUGUAUUUAGUGAACCUACAACUGAAUUAAUCAGAAUGCUAUCCAAGUUACAGAACAAUGAUGGCUUCAUUAAUAUUCCGGGUUUUUAUGACAAUAUAAGUGAAUUGAGUGAAGAAGAAAGAGAAAGAUUUGAGAAGGUACUUAUGGUGUCCAAUUUGCAUAAAAAUUUAAAUCUCGAUGAAUUAGUUGCAAAUUGGACGAAGCCAUCUCUGUCCAUUACUAGCAUUGAUAUAAGUGGAUCAGGGAACAUAACAGUUAUUUCUAAAUCAGUAUCAGUCGGUUUAUCUAUUAGACUUGUUCCUGGUCAAGAUGUUGAACAAGUUAAAGCAAAUUUAAUACAUUUUCUUCAAAACUUGUACAAAGAAAGUAACUCGAAAAAUCAUAUAAAUAUAAAGAUUGUGAACGUAGCAGAUGUUUGGCUAGGAGAUCCGAAGAAUCACGCUUAUCAGAUAUUGAAACAUGAAGUAACAAAAGCAUGGAAUAUCGAACCUCUUUUCGUAAGAGAAGGUGGUUCAAUUCCUUGUAUUAGAUUUUUGGAACAAAUUUUUGAAGCUCCUGCAGUGCAAAUUCCUUGUGGACAGUCUACUGAUAAUGCUCAUUUGGAUAAUGAAAGCUUGAGAAUUAUCAAUUGGUCUAAAAUGUCUAAAAUUCUAACUAAUGUCUUAAACAAAUUAUAA